AUGAGCGUAUUGCAUUGGCAACAGCAAAUUUUUGGUGAUGAUUAUGAUGAUGAAUAUAAUGAUACUUAUGAAAAUACUGAAGAAUCUAAAGGAGUUGAUAUUGGCACAUUGUGGCACGAAUGA